GUUGCUCUUUGUGUUGCUGUUCUCCAUGCUGUUUCUAUUCGUUUGUGUUUGGUGGGGUUUUUUCAGGCGGUCGAGCAUGUUGAAAGAAAUAGUUCAGCGGACUCCAACAAAUCGAAUGGUAUUCCUUGGAUCGUGAAGGGGUGCAGUCGAGGGGCUAUCUGGUCCCCCUCGGAUAACACGAGGGGUGCAAGCCUUUACCCAUUCGCGUGCCAGUGUCGAGGAUCAAGGGCAGAGUGUAACAAUCAGGUUAAAGAUUUUAACAGAAUUCUACAGAGAGUCAGGGAGGAUGUGACUGUGUGACCAUGACUUGACCUUUGGCUUGACCCGGAAUCCAUCCUAUCCAUCGACGUUGUUCUCACGGACCGAUAUCAAUCUUCCCGUAAUCGACCCAUAUACGGACAUAUCAGAAUCAUCCGGGUUCCUUCGGCUGUGAGAACGUCACAGUUUUCAUAUUCGCAAAGAGGUUGCUCUCGCCCGAUCCGUCGUCAUGUUCAAAUCAGUCCGACGAGCCGUGGUCCAGGGAGUGGAGAAGACAUGGCACACGUUCGCUUCUCAUGGAGAGGGCCGAGGCGACAGCCAGUGGGAGGGGGAAACCAACCGAUUCAAGAGGGAGGUUCUUAUUACCAGCAAGGAUCUUGGAGUAGGGACAGACCCGGAUGUUAUGCUUGAUGCCAUCCGGAGGAUAGGACAUCUAGCUUGGGCUGGUGGUCCAGACGCAGCAAAGGCCGCCGCUUCCUCCCUGGACCUCCUGCUCAGCUACCUCUCCGAUCGGGAGACCAGCAUCAGGAUUCGUACGCAGAUCGUGCGGUCCCUCAGCGAGAUCUACCGAGGUCAUCGCGACCACGGGGAAAAGUUCCGAUCCAUGGGCGUGAUCACCGUCCUCGCCGACCUCCUGAAGAAGUACAACGAUUCGGCGUUGCUCCGCUGGUGUUGCUACACUCUCUUCACGAUGUGCGCAGGCUCACUGGUCAACGUGGGAUUGGUGGAAGCACAUGAUUUGAAGGAAAACUUCACUGUUCUGGCGAGCUUGUCUUGGAAGGGCUGGCCGAAAAACUAUGCUCGGAUGAUGCUGCUGAUGGUGGGAUAUGCCAAAGAGGAAGAAUUUAAAGAGACGGAGGAGGAGGAGGAAGAUGAAGAAGCAAGCGAUCAUCCAAUGCCCCUGAAAGACAUCCUGAAAGGCAGGAGAACAGCAGAGAUGAGCGUCAUCAAGAAGAAGUCCUUGGACGUUCCUGCGCUCUGAAUGAACCAGAAUCCCGGGAGUUUUUGUUUUGCGACACAUGGAGGGUUCAAGGACACAAUGAAUGUAUAGAAAACUCUUGUUAAAUAACAAGAAUAAGCUGGGAGGUCUUUGUCAUGAAAUGGUGAAGACAACAGCAGUUUCAUCCUUUCGGAGCUGACAAAAAGAACUGCAAAUAUGUUGUUUGUCCAGAGUUCAGGACGAACCAAUUUCGACAAGGAUUUCUUGGAUGUUCUGUCACGAAGGGCAUUUGACAAUACAUAUCUAUAUUUCUCAAACCCUCAGAACGUUGCAGAGUGAAAAUACACAGCACUGUUCUACGAGACCUUCAAUAGUCUAUGUUCAAGGAUAUCAUUGAAUUGUCUUCUUGGGCUAUCUUGCCAAGAUAUUUCAUACACCCCAAUUCUCUGUAUUACACAAGAAAUGCAAA